CGUCGGUCGUAUUAUUUAAAACAGCCGUGGCGAGGUGUAUUGUGGGUAAAAUGCUAAAUAGCUGAGCGUUUACCGCUGCAAGGAAAUAUCUUAUUAAGUGUUUGAAAAAGCAAAGUAAGCAUCGUUGUAAAACGUGAACGAGAGGGCGAAGAACGAAUUAGCUAAACUUUCACUCAUGGAUGCCAAAACUCUUAGUGCUAAAAAGGAGCGAAUCCAAAGGCAGAUAGAACACCUGGAGAAGAGCCUGGGGUCUGCUGCUAUUGAUCCAGACAUAUCGUCCUCCGAGACUGAUGAUUCGGAUUUGGAGUCGGAUAAUUCGAGCGAUGAAGCUGUGGUGCCCAGUAACUUGAAUGUUGAAGAUUUGUCUGCAAAGAAGGUGAAAAUCCAGAGGGAAAUAGAAGAGUUGGAGAGAACUCUGGGCCCAGCAGCCUCUUCUGUAGAUGCAAAUGUAAUAGACUCCAAUUCAGAGGAUGAGGAAUCAGACAAAGAUGUAGAUGCUGAUGGAUGUCUUCAGAUUGAUAUGGGUAAUGAUGCAGAAAAUGACGAUGAUUUAGGACUUCCCAAAGACUCCGAGACCUGUCUGCAGAUAAACCUGGUUUAUCAGGAAGUGAUUGAAGAGAAGUUGCUAGAGCUUGAAAGAAUGCUAGCCGAGAACAAAGAACUGCAAAAUGAAAUCCUCUCUCAGCUGUCAAAGCCAACAGCUAUUGUAGCAGAGUCAAGUUCACUUCCACCAUUACGCCUGUUUGUGGGAAACUUUUUAAAGCCCUAUUUUAAGGAUAAAAUAACUGGCGUGGGUCCACCUGCUAACUCAGAAACUAAAGAAAAGAUGGCUCAGGGGAUCAAAUCUUUUGAAGAUCUUCGGCUGAGAAGGUUGAAGACUUGGCAGAAGAACUUGUUGCGCUCUGCAGUUGCUGGAGAUCGAAUGAGGCAGCUGCUACAGCCAAAGCUUUCCAAAUUGGAUUUUCUGACCCUGAAGUUAACAAACUUAAAUGUGGAUGUGGAAAAGCAAAUAGUAGAAAAGCAGAUUAGGCAAACUGAGCAGGAAAUUGUAGAAAUAAGUUGCUUGUCUGAGGAGCUGUUGUAUGGAGAACGCCUAGAUGAGCAUGACUGGGACAAGAUUUCAAAUAUAGACUUUGAAGGUGUCCGAAAUCCAGAGGAGCUGAAGAGUUUUUGGCAGAACUAUGAACACCCAUCAGUCAAUAAGGAGAAGUGGAGUGAAGAAGAGAUUGAGAAGCUGAAGGAGAUUGCAGCCAAACAUAGAAGCACAGACUGGGAAACCAUUGCUAGUGAGCUUGGGACCAACAGGACUGCCUUCAUGUGUUUGGAAAAGUACCAAGCCCAUAUUAAUACAAACCUGAAGCGAAAGUACUGGACCAAAGAGGAAGACAAAAUGCUUCUGGAACUGGUUGAAAAAAUGAAAGUCGGCAACCACAUCCCCUACACCAAAAUUUCUUAUUUUAUGGAAGGCAGAGAAGCCGCUCAAGUGCUAAAUCGUUAUAAAAACUCCAUUGAUCCCUCAUUAAAGCGAGGUUACUGGAGCAGUGAAGAAGACGCGCUUCUAUUAAAAGCAGUGGCUAAAUAUGGUGCCCAAGACUGGUAUAAGAUUCGUUUGGAGGUCCCUGGACGGAAUGUUUCACAGUGUAGAGAUCGAUAUAUGGAAUGUCUGAGUAAUGAAGUAAAAAAGGGAAAAUGGAGCCCUGAAGAAGAAACAAAGUUAAUUGAGCUAACGGAAAAAUACGGAGCUGGCCGCUGGUCUAAAAUAGCUGCUGAACUUCAAAAUCGUACAGAUGGUCAGUGUUUACGCAAGUGGUGCAACCUAACAAAGCAAAAGAAAAGUAAAAAGAAAGUGUCUGGAAGAAAAAGACACAAAAAGGAGCAAAGAAAAGGCAAUGAGAAAAGGAAAAAAAGCGGCAAAAGAGCUCCAUCCAGAGACGUACAUUCUUCAAGCUCUGAGUCAGAACAGUUAACUGAAAUAGUCAGUGAAGAAGUAAACACCGGAAGUGAUGAAGAGGACGAUGAUUACACAAUCACCAGUAUCGACUCCUGGAUUCCUGUUGUCUUAAGAAACACCAGAACAUCAUCUAAUGUAAGGUCUCGGUGUUCAGUCACUUCCAAAGUUGGAGCCAACUCUGCACAACCUUCACAGGAUCCCAAAUCGAGGGCCCAACCAGUCAGUGGUACAGACUUGAAUGAUCCUGUCCCAGAACGCAAUAUUGUUGUGAAAAAUAACUGGUCUGGCCAUUCUCGUUUCUUUGACACAAUCUCCUCUGCCAAAGCAGUUGAAGAGUCAGGAAAAAAACUCUUGCAGGUAAACCUAAAUGAAGUGAGAAAGAUGCUGAGACCCAAAACGGCACAUCCACGGAGAAAGAAGACAAAAAGUGACAGAAGAUGGCAUUCCACUAUGGUACAAUCACAUUGCUCUACAGACCAGAGUCAAGCAAAGGCGCUUACUGGUAAAAUCCAGGCCAUGGAGAGUGACAAAAAUGUGGAAACUGGAGGCCAUAAGAGUCUGGCAGAAAGGAUUCUCUUGAACAGAUUUGAAGGAAACAAGACUGUGAUGGAGAAGUUUAGAAAACCCUUUUUGAAACCCACUAAGAGUGACGAGGAGGUAGAAGCUGGCUCAGGUUCUGCCAAUUAUAAAAGGGAUUUUAUCUUAAACCAAAACCUUAUGCUUGCAGUGAGCCCCUGGGUUGGAAAUGUCUACAUGCAAUGCAGCAGUGGUCUGUGGCCUAACAAGCGUACUAGAGCUGAUGUCAUGAGAGAAGAAGCAGAAAAAGUUGGCCUAGCCAGCACACCAAUUUUUAUUCUACUUCUCAAAGUCUUUCAGGUUGAUACUGAAGGUUGUAAGAACGUUAUUGAAGAAAGGCCCAAAAAGAUUCAAGGCGUGUUAUCUAGGAGAAAUCUUCUACCCACUUCAAAGGGCAGAAUCAAUCAAAAAGAUGUACCCGCUCAAAGCAAACUUGAACCACAGGAAGGUGAGCAAAGAAAAAUUCCAGCUUCAAGUCGCGUCAGAACAGUUGCUCAGCUCCUUAAUGAGCGAAGAAAAAAGCAGAACACUUCUGAGAAGGAAGCUGCUCCUGAUAAUGAAGAGUCUAGAAAGCAGAGUACAGAGUCUGAUAACAAAGAAAAGGAUUCCAAGAAGAUGAAACCACAGAAGCCCCAGGAAAUUUCAAGUCACACUCUGCCAAAUCCACCGUUUACUUUGACAAAGCAUCCCUCAAGCCUUGUAACAAGUCAAACAGAACAAAGGAGCAACCUUGCACAGGAACUUCAAAUCCAAUCAGUUACAGCAUCUUCCAGUCAAAUAAGUUGGAUUAUGACAAAUCAAGGAGUGAUGCCAUUCAUCGCAGUGCAGUCUCCAUGUGCAGUUCCGCCAAGUGGUGUGAUAAACCUAAAUGUGCCAAGGCCAGGAAGUGGCCCACCAGUUGGAGGGCCAGCAGCCUCCAGAAGCCCAGCUAAUCCUGCAGCUCGUGCUGUGAGACCGUCUGCUGCUACCACUAUGGCUAAAUUCCCUCCAAUUUUUCCCCUAGGAAUCUUUGCAGCUCCUCCGUCUGUUCCACUUUGUGCUGUUCCAGGCUCACUUCCGACUGUUGUCCACCAUCUUGCAGUAGACAGCAAUACCUCUGUGACCCCCAGUACUCUUUCCCCCACACCUUUCACCAUUAAAGAUGUUAAGCAGCAUAAUAGUAAUCCAUCUAGCAAUGAGGUUCCACCAUGCUACAAUGUGGUUAGUCCCCAUUUGCCCAAGGCACAGCAGUUAACAGUAAUACCAUUUGCACGGCCCAUCAUCCAAGCAGUGAGUAUUCCUCAUGUCAUCCCAUCUCAUCAAGGUACCAUACAGUUGGGGCCAAGAACUGAACAGCCUGCCCUGCAGUCAUCCUCACUAAACAUUGUUGCUACAACUCCUAAAGUAUGCCCAUCAACAACUCCUAAAGUAUGCCCAUCAACAACUCCUAAAGUAUGCCAAUCAACAUCCCAUAACACUGCCAGUCCAAAGAAGAGAACAGUUUUGGAUUUGAGCCUGCUGUUCUUUGAAGAAGACGCUGCAACAAAGGAUUGGAUGAAAGGUUUGGGAGGAGUUCAGCUGCCUGACUUGAGCUUUGCCCUUCCAUAUCUCCCUCCUUCUGUGUGCAACUUGAAAACCUUAUCACAGCUGCUGGAAAAGAAAAGCAUUUUGGAGAGUCGUGCCUCUGCCCUUAUCUCAGAUGAGGUACAAAACCCACGUGCCAAAAUCCAGGCCAUUAGAAAAGUGGUUAAAGAAACACUGGGGGAUAACCCAGCUUACCUUCUCCUGAAAGCUCGCUUUCUUUCUUGUUUCACUCUACCUGCGUUUCUGGCAACCAUUCCUCCUGUUUGUACAACAUUAGACAUUUCCAAGCCUUCACGUCGACACAGAAGGAGAAAGAAUACAGAUUUUCAAGUGGUCUAUUUCAAGAAAGGUUCCCAGAAAGGCCGUGGUCAACCGGCUCCAUUCAGCAUGAGUGAGGACAACACUUGCAGCUCCCUUAUGCUGAAUGUGGAAGGAGCAGAGGCCAAUCAGUUUAAAGGAAUCAGGACAAGAAGUCGGUCCCGUUUAGAAAAAGGAUGCAGCUCUGAAAUUGGAGGCAAUGCAUAAAUAACCAUUUUAUGUGUCAAACAAGUGUUUCUAUUUGUUUUGUUUCGUUUUGUUUCCUUUCAUUUUCCUGUUCACUUUUUUGUUUUUUUUUUUGUUCUGAUGGUGACAUGUUCAAAAUGUGUUGGAAAAGCACUUUAGUUGUCUGCUCAGGCAUUGGAUGACCAAGAAGCAGCAGCAGCAGCAGCCAUAUUAAUAAUGGAGACACGUUUGCGAGGUUUCUGCUGGAUUCAGUUGUGUCCAGGUCUCUUGAUUAUCUUUCCUACACGCUUCUCACUGGGUUUUUAUUUACAUUCUGCUUUCUCUCAUUUUAUGACAUUGACUCAGUUGUAUAAACGGGAUGGUUCCUUAUUUGUGUGCCAAUGGCGCCAAGAGCUGGGUGAGUCAAUCCAGAAUUUCCAUAAGGGAGGCGUUUCUACUUCCCUCUUGUGUACUUUGAAAUGGGACUUGUUUCUGAGAUGCCUACAGAUUUGCACUUAUAAGGACUUUGUAAAGUCAAUUUUGAAAUGUAAAUAGUAAUUUAGAAAUAAAAUAUUUGAACUUGA